CUACAUAGGUACAGAUUAGGCAGCGCUAGCGAUAAUACAUAGGCAGAUUACAAUAAAAAUGCUCGUCUCUGGCCGACAAGUGCUUGGUAAGGGCCACCAUCGAGCAGCGCGCAGCCAGCGAGGUGCUCAUGUCGUCCGCGCAACAGCAGCCCCGAUAAAUGUUGCGUCUGACGUUAAGCACAAGUUGAAGGCGGCUGAUCGGGUGCGGCUUGGAGAGUCGGACCUUCUGGUUUCUGCUUGCUGCUUGGGCACGAUGACUUGGGGCAAGCAGAACACCGAAGCCGAGGCUCACGAGCAGUUGUCGUACGCAUGGGACCAGGGCAUCAACUUCCUGGACACGGCAGAGAUGUAUCCCAUCCCUAUCGAGGCAGCUACCCAAGGCCGUACAGACCGCUACAUCGGUACCUGGCUCAAGAGCUCGGGUCGUCGGCGUGAGGAUGUGGUGCUGGCAACGAAGGUUUGCGGCUUCUCUGACCGGGCAACAUGGGUUCGCAAUCCGCCGCGUACCACGCAAGUUAGUCGUGAUCAAAUCGUGGAGAGCGUCGAUGCAUCGCUGAAGCGCCUGCAGGUUGACCACAUCGAUCUGCUCCAAAUUCACUGGCCGGAGAGGUACGUCCCAUUGUUUGGUGCCGGCCCGUACGACCCCAAGAACGACCGCCCCGAGACCAUACCCUUCGAGGAGCAGCUGCGAGGCUUUGAAGAGGUCAUUAAGGCUGGCAAGGUGCGGUACAUUGGCGUGUCUAACGAGACGAGUCUUGGCGUGAGCGAGUUCUGCCACAUCGCCAAGGCCACGGGAUUGCCCAAGAUCCAGACAAUCCAGAACGCGUACUCCCUCUUGGUUCGCGUGCCGUUCGAAACCGACCUUUCGGAGACCUGCCGCCACCACCGCGUCAGUUUGUUGGCGUACAGUCCGUUGGCGGGUGGCAUGCUAACCGCCAAGUACAACCGCCUGAGUGAUGAGGCCCUCCAGGGCGCCCGCUUCAACCUCUUCCCGGGAUACAUGGCGCGAUAUAAGGCCUCCCUGGUGCAAGAGGCGGUUGGAAAGUACGCAGCGGUUGCGGACAAGUACGGGCUGACGGCGACAGAGCUGGCGUUGGCGUGGUGCAAGUCUAGGUGGUUUGUUGCGAGCACCAUCAUCGGUGCGACCACCAUGCAGCAACUCAAGGUGGGAUCGGGGAGGAGUCAAGAGUGGGGAAAGGGGGGGAAAGAGACGGGGGGGGGAAGCGAGGGGGGGGGGGCUGCGGGGAGGUAA